CUCUACCAUAGGAACCGGCGGAACAUCUGAAACACCAAUCCCGCUCUCUUUGCCCCUCCUGCACCUCCUCUCCUUAGGCAGCUGCCCGUGCGGUCCGUGCCAUGUGCGUGUUAUGCUGGUAGCUACAGCUGUGGCUACGGGCGCCCUGUGGAAGUAGAAUGAGUGAUGUCAAAUGUUGUUAAAGGGAUUCGGAAGUCAAUUGGAGCAGAACUUUACUGAGCACAAUGGGAAGUGUUGACAAUCCGUCCUUUUUCGCCUCGCUAGUGGCUGGUGCAAUUGCUGGCACCACUGUGGACGUCGUUCUUUUUCCGCUCGACACGCUUAAGACACGCUUGCAAAGCCAGCAGGGGUUUCUGAAAGCAGGGGGCUUCAAGAAGAUCUACUCCGGUAUCGCGUCUGCUGCGCUUGGCUCUGCACCAACAUCGGCACUAUUUUUCUGCACCUAUGAAGGAGUGAAGCAAUUUGUUGGUCCAGUCAUGCCAAGUUUGAUGGCUCCUUUGGUGCACAGUAUUGCAGCUGCAUGUGGUGAAGUGGCAGCCUGCUCUUUAAGAGUUCCUGUGGAAGUUGUGAAACAACGUACUCAAGCAAACCAUGAUAUGAGUAGUUGGAGGAUGUUUAAAAGUGUGUUGCACGUUGAGGGUAUUCAUGGUUUCUACCGUGGCUACUUUUCGACAGUAGCAAGAGAGAUUCCCUUUUCAUUUAUACAGUUCCCCCUCUGGGAGUUUCUCAAGAACAUGUUUGCAAACCCGGACUCCUUACUUACCUGGCAGGCUGCUGUUUGUGGGGCUAUAUCAGGUGGCAUUGCAGGAGGACUGACCACUCCUCUUGAUGUUGCUAAGACAAGAAUCAUAUUGGCCGAGCGAACAAGCCACCUGGCUGAUGGGAGCAUGUAUGCUGCACUCAAGACUGUAUGGCAUGAGAAAGGGAUUCCAGGGCUUUUUAGCGGUGUCACUCCCAGAGUGGUCUCCCUUUCAGUGGGGGGCUUCAUCUUCCUUGGUGCCUACGAGCAAGCCAAACAGCUCUUCUACAAUUUCAUACCGCCUUCUUCUCGUGCGACCACUUUGACACGUACGCCUAUGAUGACCACCAGUGGAGAACAGGACUCGACAAAUUUUUCCAAGCCAACAACCUCCUUUUCUAAGACAGCGACAUGACCGAGCUUGAGACGUGCUAAGUUGCUGGUUGUUACUGUGAGACAGGUGCAGUAUAUACCAAGUUGACAGCUAUAUUUUAGUUCCUUGUUUAUGGUUACUGUAGAAAAUAGAUUUGCAAGAAAACUGUUGUGAAUGUGAAUGGCGUCAAAGAAUGCCACAUCAGAAGUAUGGAUGGAGCAAAUGCUCCAUCCAUACUUCUGAUGUGGCAAAAAGCCCUUGCCACUAAACCUCGUUGCAUGGAAUUUUUCUCAUUCCUUCAUACACAUAAUGCACUGAAAUUAGCUGCUAUAAAUCCAAAUAUGGUGGAAAGUUGGGGUUGUUUGUGGUUCGUGACACUCCAAGGAAGUCAAGAUAGACGGGACGCCUGUUGGUCUUUCCUGAAAAUGUUUGUUGAUGAACAGUGCUUGUGGCCAUUCUUUGAUGAUUGCUGUUACUGAGGGGACAUAUCGACCCAGCUGCUAAUCUUCCAUGCCGUAAUGAACAGGUCAGUUCAAGAAACUGGACAUUUUAGGUCCAAACACAGUUAACCAUACCUGCCAGCUCAUUAAUUUUUCAUAAACUUUACGCAUUUGGAAUCCUACGAUUUUACGAAUGCCGCAUUAAGUGUUCUAUGAACUGUUCACAAAAAUGCUUAUAGGGCUGAAAAAUAGGACUGCACAAUAUUGCAAAAAAAUGUUUGCAAAAUAGAAAUUGGGGCAGUGCCUGUGCCACAUGUUUGUGGCAGCACAGGACAGCAUACACCACAAGCAUAGCCUCCCACAUACUUCUGAUGGUGAAUCAGAGGUGUACUUGCUUCAAGCAAGUUUAUUCAGACAAGUUUAUCAAGUAGGUGAAAUCGGUAACAGCAAUGUCACUGCAAUCUAAAAAAGUGUUGUGGGGGGUUGGGCUCUGCUGUUGCAAGUUUGCAACUGCUUACCCAACAAGAAAACUGUCCGUCCGACCGGUAAGGCUUUCAAGAUAGAGCCCGCAGUGACGAGUGAGUUUACUUUCGCACUGCCUGUCGCUUCAAUGCGAACAUAGCGGCCAAAAACACAGCGCGCAGAGCUAUCAGCAGUCUCUGUGCGCUUAGCAGAUUGCUUUCCAGAUACGGUCUGUGCGGCCAUGCCAGAAUGCGCUUGAUUGGUCCGUGCCGCUGCUGGCAUCCUUUGGUCACGGUUCAUAAUGGUUCGACACGAAUGGACAGUGCAUCAAAAUCGAUGACUGCUUAUAAUCGGAACAUCAUCAGCGCACCUGGCGCCGACACCUGCAGUACUUUGCCGCCAUCAGCUCCAGGUCGUGUCGCCGCUGCGCUGUCGUUUGUACUGACCAGAUCAAGUGUCAUAACAGUGAUAAUGACACUGGGCUGCAUGGAGAUGAGCAAGCACCACAAUGCGUACGCGUAUUUAGAUAACUCCCAGAGAAGUUUCUGUGCGAUUUUUUUUUAUUGUGAUAGCAAUUAUAUGGACACACCAGGCGCAUUUCUGUCGCCGUCAUUGUCGUCGUGAGGUUCUGUAUAAAGUCCUAGGGCGAUAAAAUCGUCGCCGCGGGUCGUAUGCUGUAUGUGCGAGUGAAAGCUUGUGAGGGUGAGCCGGCAAUCGCGAUUCAAUCUCACGCACGUAAAAGGGGAAAGUGGGAAGGAAAUACGCCGUCUUCCGUUGCGCGUAACGUCCCGGGGGGGGGGGGGGGGGGAGUAGGGAGGGGGGCUCGCGUUUUACUUCGGGCCGCUGUGUCUCGAAAGCAUUGGGGACACGGUCUGCCGUGCGUUAUUUUUGCGACUUAUUUGCGUUGAUGCUAGACGCAGAUCGAAGGUCAAUUCGCUUGCUACUGCUGACGCGCUUCCUCAUUCCAUCGUUUUAACAGCGAGUUUCCGCAUUCAUCGAGUGAGAUGUGUUCAUGUUUGCUUGUGCGUGUGUGACACCAUGCUUGUUCAUUUAGUUAGUAUGCCUAUGUUUACAAGUUUAUACGGCCGAUGAAACUGCUAUCCUUACUUUGUAUAGCUGUCAACUAAUUUGCUAUCGCAAUCGAUGCUUUGCCUUUCGGGCGAAACUGCAACAUUUUUUCAAAGGCACAUUGUAUGGUUCAGUUGUUCAAAUGGUGUGCAUGGCAAGACAGUGAAGUGAUGUGACUGCCAAAAUAACCAAUACCAGGCCGGGCAGCUUGGACACAUGUGAAAGAAAAGCCGGUGGUGCCAGAAAAAUUCAAAAAAAUUUUUUUUGCAAAUUAAAAAUCCCUUUUUGUAACUUCUCACAUGAAUAGCAGACAUGUGGAGCUUUCUAAUGAUGCAUCACAUAUAUUUCUGAGCCGACCACCAAAGCUACUUUUUUUAUCAUGAACAUGAAGCUUUUUGCAAAAACUUCAA